UGGACAGGAGACUCCUGAAGAGACGGGAAGCUCUUCCCCACAAGUCGUACAGUGGAGGGGACUCGAAAUGUCUACCCCCUUUACCAAUUCACAGACCACUGGUCGCGUCAGGGGGGCUUUGUAAAGUUUACAGCCGGGUUAUGUAGAGUAGGCUAUGCUGCGCUGUGGCGUUGGAUCAACACCCGCCUUAACGUUCCAGUGGACGGACACGUGUUUAAUGCCAGCUGAGGGGCAGCACGGUACCCAGCACCAUGGUGAACAAAGAGGACCUGGAGGAAAGCGUGAAGAAGCUGUUAGUGCGUCUGAAAAACCUGGAGGAGGGAAAACAGUUGGGCACCAUGGUUCAGAUUAUGCAGGAUCUGCUGUUCCUCACUUACACAGACGACUGCGCAGCUGAGCUCUUUCAAGACAAAGAUGUCCAUGAGCCGCUGAUGCUGGUGCUGUCAACUUAUAACAACAGCAAAGUUCAGCAGGUGGGAUGGUCCCUGCUGUGCCGUCUGAUGGAGAUCUGCCCUGUCACUCUGGACAGGCUGGUCAGGCCUCUGGGAGCUGGAAACAGCUGGGAGGUUUUAGGGGUGCACAAGCAAAUUCUGAAGUUGCUGUCCGUGCAUCAUGACGACUCUAAAGUGAUAAUGGUAGGGCUAAGAGCUCUAGCCUUGCUGUUAAAGUCAGAUGAGCUGCUGGUCCAUCUCCUGGAGGAGGAGAUGGAUGUGUUUGACGUGGUGGUGGAAGCCAUGAGGACUUUUCCUCACAGUGAGGAGGUUCAGCUCCAGGGCUGCUCGGCUCUCCGACUGCUGCUGGAGAGAAUUCCAGAGAUGCACCUGUUGGAGUUUAUUGAGAGGAAGGACCAUGUGGUGGUUAUGAGUGCACUCAGUAGGUUUAAAGACAGUGAGAAUGUAGUGCUGCCUGCGCUGCAGGUCCUCAUACCAUUGGCUGAACCUGAAAGCAAUGUUGAGAUCCUAAUGUCCAAGACUGAGAAAUGCUACAGUGUGGUGUGUCAGGCAGUAGAGGCGUGUUCGCAGUCGGAGUGUGUGCAGGAGGUGGGAUGUUGCCUACUGCAAAAACUGACCUCAGAGAGUUACUUCAAUAUCCUGGUGCUGAAUGGUGUUCACAGAAUGGCUGUGAAAGCGUGUCUCUCCUACCCAGACAAUGCUGUAAUCCAGGCUGCUGCCCUUUCCUGUCUUGCUGCACUUACAAAGACAAUUGUGGAGAACAAAUGCCUUGAGACGGAAGUUGAUGUGGAUGAGAGAAUGAAAGAAGAUGGAGCGGUUGGUAAUGCUGAGGACAGCUUGGUUUGGAGAGAGGCUUGCUGCACAGCUUUAGAAAGACAUAAUGAAGAUGCAGAAGUGCAGGAAGCUGCAUGCCGGGCCUUAAACAGCUUGCUGCUCUAUGGGAGUGCACGUAGCCAUAUAUACGUGGAGCCAGAGGGAAGGCCUCCUGUACAUAUUCAGAUAAUGGCUGUGAUGCUCUCGCACUCCUCUAGCGUUGGUGUGUUUCAGGCUGCUACAUCUACACUGGGCACACUUAUUCAUCGGCACAGUAGGAUGAGGUCUCUGCUGCUGUCCCAUGGCAUCCACUACAAUAUUGUGGAACUGAUGAAGAGACACGCGAAAUCCACCGAAGUGUGUGAGAGUGCCUGCAGGCUCCUGCACACACUGUUCCAGGGAGGGAGAGUUAGUCUGGAUGACGGUGUUAUGGCUCUAGGACGCAUCCUGAUUGCUAUGAAAGAUCAUAACUUUGAGCCUGAGGUCCAGUUGGAAGGCCUGAGAGUCAGUCUGGUGCUCCUCAGCCCUGACCUCAGUUUGAGGGAGCAUGGCAUGUCUGUGGCGGAUCCAGACACUGCCGAUGUGUCUCUGAAAGUGCUGAAGAAUCAGUGUGUGGUGGAGAACGGUCAUGCUGUUUACCUGGAAGCCUUGAACAGGUUUAUCAGCAGCGAGGAGAUUCAGGAGUGUGGGCUUGGUGUUCUGUCUGCACUGGCUGACUGUUCUGGAGCUGUUGACCUAAUGUGCCAACAGGGGGCGAUAGACACAGUGCUGCAUACACUACAGAUGUUUCCUCAAAAACGUGAAAUUCACUACUGGGGUCUAAGCCUCCUGUUUCACCUGAUCUCCAAGAAGAAACUUUCACGGAUGAUGGUGCCCGUUCUGGCUUCUGUUCUGCUCACCUCUGUGAGGCAACACAAGGAGGAUGCAGUAAUGCUUCUGAAAGGGUUUCAGGUAAUAUGGAAGCUGUUGGACACAUGCUCAGGUGCAGCUUCUGAGCUGGAGAAAGAGGGCUUUGAAAAAGAAAUUUUCCAGCAGCUGAGAGAGAGCUCUCCUGAUCAGAGAGGUGAUCUGCUCCAAAAACUGAGCUGCCUGUGCUUGUCGAAGAUGGUAGUGGACAGCAAGAUCCGCUACCGACUGCUGGAGAGAGCAUGUGAGGAGGAAGAUGUGGUCAUGGCUGAGUGUCUCAUCCAGCUGGGUGCUGACAUCAAUAAGAAAACCAAGACUGAGUCUCUAAUAUACCAGGUGUGUGAGCGUGGGGGGCCGCUGGCUCUGGUUGAGGUGCUGGUCAGUGGUGGCGUCCAUGAGCAGCAGUUACGUGGGGCUCUGAGCGUGUGUGUGAGGAGAGGAGACGGCCCUGUGGUCAUCCUUCUCCUGGGCCGACUGGGUCUGGAUCCCACAAAUAAUGCUCUCUGUUUGGGUGGCUUCAGGCUUGGACGUCUGGAGGCUUCAUGGCUCAGUGUACUCCUAUCUGAGCGCAGUGUGCCCUCUACUGCUCAAAAGAAGAACAGUAAAGGCCAGUGGCUGGCAAGGCAGAUACUAGCCCUACAGAAGAAGAGGGGUCAGGUCAGGGUUUCUGGUUUACAAGGUGAUGUGAACACCUCUGGAUAUAUCUCUGAUGAGGAAAGCGAUGAUUCCUCUUACAUCUCACUGGAUGGCAGCGUGUUUGAGGACAUGGAGAGUGAUGGAAGUGAUGGCCCUGUUCGAGGGCUGAGACAUUUCAGUGAUUCACCAGAGGAAUGUAGGGGGCGGUCUAAAGCCAGACAACAGGGGAGACGAAGACGUGCCAUUUCUGAGGGAAGCCAGGCUGAACCUGAUCUGAAUGAGAGCUUGCAAAGGAGACUCAACAGGAAUAGCCAGAUCCAAAGAGGACUGCUGACUUUCUCCCCCAGUGGUCCACUGUUUGGUGUGGAAAGAGAUUGUGUCAGAGUGCUGGAUCUAUCAGGGAAUGAGCUGGACUCUCUAUCAUGCUUGCUGGAUGACAGUAAUGUCCAGCAGCAGCUUGAGCACCUCUUACGCCUUGAUCUCAGCAGCAACAGCCUUUCAGAGUUUCCCAGCGCUCUCUGUAAGAGUUUGCAAAGUCUCACUCGGCUGGAUCUUCAAGGCAACCAGCUGCGUUCACUCCCUGCUGAACUCUUAAGCCUACCAUCACUGAGUGUGCUCAAUGUAUCACGGAACUGUGUUGGCCCUGUGCUCAGCUUGGAGCCCCGUGUACACUGUCCAACUCUCUGCCAGCUUAACCUUUCCUUCAACCACAUCACUGCCUUCCCUUACCAGCUGGGCCAAGCUAUGGACAACCUUGAAGAGCUUUCAUUAGAAGGGAAUAAAAUCUCUGAGCUCUCCCUUCCUCUCUGUCUGGCUGAAAUGAAAGUGUUUGAUGUCUCAAAGAAUGAAGUAGCAUUGAUUUCUGAUGACUUCUUUUCUGGAUGCUUCAAACUGGAAAUAUUCAAUGCCUCCAUCAACAAACUCAGUUCUUUGCCACACUUGCCCUCUAAAAUAACAACAUUGAAAUUGUCUCAGAACAAUUUCAGAAGUGUUCCUGAGGCAAUCGUCAGCUUACCAAAUUUGUGGUCAGUAGACAUGAAGAGUAACAGUAUCAGUGUCCUACCUGGUCCAGCUGUGUGGGCCAGUGCUAAUCUAAGAGAACUGAUGUUCAAUAAGAACCAAAUCACUGAGCUGGACCUCAGAGAAUCUGUCUAUAAGUGGGCCCGUCUGGAGAAGCUACAUCUGAGCAAUAACAAACUCAUUGAGCUUCCUCCUCAGAUCGGGCUGCUGGAGGAGCUGACCUCUCUAGACGUGAGUGGAAAUGCAGGCCUUCGCUCUUUCCCUGAUGAGAUGGGGAAGCUAGUGCGGCUGUGGGAUCUGCCACUGGAUGGUCUACAGCUGCAGCUUGACCUCAAACACAUUGGCAAUAAGACCAAAGACAUUGUCAGGUACUUUCAGCAACGUCUGAAGAAGGCUGUUCCAUAUUUCCGGAUGAAGCUGAUAGUGGUGGGAAGUGCAGGCAGUGGGAAGACCACGCUGAUCCAGCAGCUAAUGAAGCUUAAGCGUUCUCAUUGUCUCUCUGAUGGGCGUGCUGCUGGCAUCAGUGUCAGAGACUGGACCAUCCGAGACCGGGACAGGAAGAACAUGAUCCUGAACGUCUGGGAUUUCUCAGGUGGGGAAGAAUACAGUGACUCUCACCCUCACUUCAUGAGCUCCAGAGCCAUGUACUUGGUGGUGUAUGACCUGAGUAAGGGGGUUGGUGAGUUGGACGCAGUCAAACCCUGGCUUUUCAACAUUAAAGCACUAGCCCCUGUCUCUCCUGUGAUUUUGGUUGCAACUCACCUGGACGCAUGUGAAGACCGCCUGGUACAGGAGUGUGUGCGGAAGCUGCGUGAAGACGUGCUACCACAUCUAGGUUUCCCAGCCAUCAAGGAAAACCACCUGCUUUGUGCCUGCGAGGAGUCUGACUCCAUCAGCAAACUGCGCAAGGCCAUUACCAGAGAGGCCAGCAGCUUUAAGAUUCAGGGGCAGCCAGUGAUGGGGCAGCUGGUUCCUGACUGCUAUGUGGAGCUGGAGCAGAGGGUUCUGCGGGAGAGAAGCCGUGUGCCUGCCGAGUUCCCGGUGCUCAGACACCGGCACCUCCUGCAGCUCAUUCAGGAGAGCCCACUGCAGUUGGAGGAGGGAGAACUCCCUCAUGCCAUCCGCUUCCUCAGUGAUACUGGUGUGCUUCUGCACUUUCAUGACCCUGCACUCCGACUCCGAGACUUGUAUUUCAUUGACCCCCAGUGGCUGUGCAACGUUAUCUCACAGACCCUCAUUCUGAAGAGCUCAGGCAUAUGUGAGAAGUCCACUGGGGUGGUGCAUCGUUCAGUGUUGGAGAGAUUUUUCUCUGAGAGCCACUGCUUUCCUAAAGAUCAACUCACACAGUACUUCAAACUCCUGGAGAAGUUCCAGAUUGCCUUGCCAUUUGGGGAUGAGCAUUUGCUGGUGCCCAGCAGUUUGCCUGAUCACAGACCAGUGAUUGACCUCCCUCACUGUGAGAACUCAGAAAUGAUCGUGAGGGUCUAUGAGAUGCCUUAUUUCCCCAUGGGAUACUGGUCCAGGCAGAUCACCCGACUCCUGGAGGUCUCCCCCUUCAUGCUGUGUGGCCGAGAGAAAGUUUUGAGGCCAACACAAAUCUACUGGAGAACAGGGGUAUACCUGAAGUGGUCUGUUGAAACAUACUGCCUAGUGGAAGCGUUUCCAGUGGAGAAAAACCCUGCCAGCUUUGUUAAAAUCACUGUGCCGUGCUCCCGCAAAGGUCAUGUGUUAUUAGGCCAGGUGGUCGAUCAUAUUGACUCUGUGCUGGAGGAGUGGUUCCCUGGCCUCCUCAACACAGAUAUCCAUGGCGAAGGGGAGACACUGCUGAAAAAGUGGGCCCUAUACAGCUUCAGCGACACCCAGGAGCAGAGCAAGAUGCAGUUGGAGGAUCUUCUCAAAAAUAUAGAUAAAGAUGGUCUGCUGGUGAAUCCAGAGGACCCUCACUGCACUUUACCCAUCUCUCAGAUCUGCCCUGACCUGGUCCUGAUUGACCAGCCAGCCAGUACCAUGUUGGAUCCUGAGGAAUUGGAGAUGGAUCUCUCCAAAGAGUACCUCCUUGGAGAUGGAGGCUUUGGGUCUGUGUAUAGAGCCAUAUAUAAAAAUGAAGAUGUUGCCAUUAAGCUUUUCAACAAACAUGCAUCAGAGCUUUAUGUUCAUAGACUAGUAAGACAGGAGUUGGCAGUGUUGGGAAGGCUGCACCACCCCAGUCUGGUUUCUCUGCUGGCUGCAGGGAGUUCACCUCAUGUGCUGGUGAUGGAGCUGGCCCCAUGUGGCUCUCUUGACUCACUUUUUGAACAUGAGAAAGGCAGCCUGAACCGCAAACUGCAGCACAGGAUAGCACUGCAGGUGGCAGAUGGCCUCAGAUACCUGCAUUCCUGUAUGAUAAUCUAUCGGGAUUUGAAACCUCAUAACGUGCUGCUGUUUACUCUGAAGACUGACUCUGAGAUCAUAGCUAAGAUCACUGAUUACGGCAUUGCUCAGUACUGCUGCAGUAUGGGAGUGAAGAGCUCAGAGGGCACUCCAGGUUUCCGAGCACCUGAGGUCGCCCGUGGUAAUGUGAUCUACAACGUUCAGGCAGACGUGUUUUCGUUUGGUCUGUUGCUUUAUGAUCUUUUGACCUGCGGGGAGAGAAUCUUGGAUGGCAUGAAGUUCCCUAGCGAGUUUGAUGAGAUUGCUGUGCAGGGGAGGCUACCAGACCCAGUACAGCACUACCACUGUUCCCCAUGGCCAGGCUUUCAGAACCUGAUGAAGGACUGUCUGAAGGAGAGCCCACAGGACAGACCCACCUCUGUGCAGGUAUUUGAUCGUCUGAACUCAGGGGAUAUGCUAUGUCUGAUUCGGGAGCUGACUUUGCGUGGGCUUCCCUGCGAAUGUUUUACUGUCUCCUGUACUGGCGGAGGAGUCGGAGGAAAUGUAAAUGGAAGCGCAGGGGCUAGAGUCUGGAUGGGAGGUGGAAGUAGCACCCAGAGGCUUGGCUGUGUCGCAUGUGUGGAUCUAGAAACUGAUAAAAGCUUCAGGCAGGAGGUUGACCGAAGCCCUGUCCUAUGCCUGGUCACUGUGAGAGUGCCUGAUGUGAGCCAUGAUUGGUUGGUAGCAGGGACACAGCUGGGAUCACUGGUUGUUUUGGACACAAGGAAUGCUGCAGUUUUGCACCGUUUACAGAAUGUAAAGGAUGCAGUGACUUCAUUAUUCUUCCACACACCCGCUCAGCGCAGCUGUUUAAAAAAGUACUUAUUAGUAGGAACAGCAGAUGGAACACUUACCAUUUAUGAAGAUUCAGUCAUAAAGUGUGCAAAUGGUGCUCCAGUGAAGGUGGUACAGGUUGGGAAUGUGAACACACCUCUGAUAUGUUUGGGUCUGUCAGGCCACUCUCAGGACCGCAGCACCAUCUGGGCUGGCUGUGGCACCAAAGUGUUCUCGCUCUCAGUAGACUACAACAUCUCCAAGACGGUUGACAUCCGGCCCCCGAAACUUUAUCAAAGUCCACAGCGGUCGGCCAGCAGUGAGGCCUUUAUCUCUCGGCUGGUGGUGGAGAAGUACAUCUACCUAUGUACAAAUGGAGGACACAGUGUAGAGGUGUGGGACAAGAAGAGUGGGAGGAUGAUUGACUUCAUCGACUGUAUGCAGUUACUAAGGUGCAGGAAAACCCAACUGAUUUGUGACAUGCCUCGAAUGAUGGAGUCAUGCUGGGCUCGUGUGAAGACCCUGCUGGUGCAGCAUAACGGCACACUGUGGAUUGGCACCAGAGCUGGACACAUCCUACUGGUGGACCUGUCCACAUGUCAGCUGUUGCAGGCAGUCAACCCCAACUGCCACUCAGUGCGCAGUAUGGCCUCAGUGCUGAUAGAAACGCAAAACCGGAAGAGUGUAAUUCUGAUGUUGGGCAGACGCCUUCGCAUGUCUCAAGACCAAAUCAAGAGUUCGUUAGAUGAGGACUCUGUCCUGAUGGUGUGGAGCAGCUCUUUACCACAGGAAGUGAAGGAGCUGAAUGCACACUGUGAGCUGAGGGCACAGAUCACAGACAAAAUAAGAGAACAAGCCCACAACUAAACUUCCUCUUUAUCCUCACAUUACUGCCACACGCAGAGCCAAACACUGCUGCCCACUCCGUUCUGAACACUGCCACUUCAUUUUCAUAUGAAAAAGGGACCUGUGUGUGUGAAGUCACUGCUUUUGGUAAUUUUGCACAAUUAAGGGAAACAUGUUUCUAAACUUGUGUUUAGAUUUACUGUACAUUAGUUUCAUUUAGUAUUUAGCAUGGAAUUUGGUUACUGUAUUUUGAUAUGUAGGCUGGUUUAUCUUUGGAGACUGUUGAAUUCUAGAUGGUUUUUGCCUUCACUACAUAUUUAUCUGACAUCUGUGUGUAUAUAUGUUUGACCUACGCCAACAAUUAUUCAGCCUUUUGUCUAAGGAGGUUAGGUUAGUUGAAAUGCAGUUCAGCAUGUUAGUUCUAUACAUUAGGAACCAGAAUAUUUUGCAACUAAUAGGUCCCUGAUCUCAGCAAGGAUCGUAGGAAUGCUAACCAAAUUCUGGAGGGCCUUGAGCAAGGCAUGCAAGUCUAAAUGAAUCCUGGGUGCUGCAGUAUUUAUACCUCGGGUCUUCACAACACUAACAGUGCAGCCCUGAUAGAGAAUGGAAGGCUAAGGCUCAGGUAGGGCCUCUUAACAAUUCAAAAAGUCCUGACUUUUAAUUAUAUGUUGUAAGCUCUAAAAGAAAAAAAAACACAUCAUCUUACACUACAUGGUAUCUUGAGUGUUUUGAAAUAUUGUGCCAACUUUUUUCCCCUCCCCUUACACAUUACUUUCACAUGUAAUAUGCACUACAAUAUAUUUUCUAAAGGGAUGACAAUCAGGAAUUGUAAUAAUAGUAUAUCUGUGUUAGAACUACCUUUUAAAAGAACUGGAAAAUUAGCCAAAGAAGGAGAAUGCAAAGCUCUUGUUGUUUUAUUUAUUUGUAGUAAAAUAGUGACUGCAUGUCACUGUCUCAUGGAUGUAAUUUCUUUGAAUGAAUAAUGAAUUGAUUUGUACUUGCUGUGUGACACUUGUAAGUUGACAUUAUAAAUGUUUAUUUUAUUGUAUUCUAAAACAAAAUGUAAUUAAAUUGUUUUGUAAAGCGCA